CAAAGGCAGUGGACAGCGGAAGAAGAAACGUCAUUUUCCGUUUGCUCCUCCUUUUAUGAAGAUUCUGACAAAGGAGUAGCCUUUUUUCAUCAAACCAAUUUAUUAUUCGCUUUUCAAAUUCAACUUUUUACAAUCCAUUGUCAUUGUAUGAUUGAGGAUUUCUAGACGCUCACCCAGAUCUAGAAAGUGGCCUAACCGGAGUAUAGAAUCUACAGGUCUCUUCUGGGUUUUAUUCAUGCCGGAACUGCGAGGAAUAUCGAGUGAAUGACUGAGUGUGGAGAGAGUGCCCAAGACAGCUAUCCCAGAGAACACCGAAUAUGAGAACUCGAAUCAGUGUUAUAUUGCAUUCUCUUUUACUUUUGGUUUUAGUAGUGCAGGUGAGCAGGCCAGUAUGUGUGGACGUGCCCUCGGAAACAGAGGCAGUCGUUGGGAACCCAAUGAAACUGACCUGCAUCUCCUGUAUGAAGAGAGAGGAGGUCAGCGCGGAGACACGCGUUGACUGGUACUACAUCCCACCUGACGAAGAACCCGUCCCUAUCUACCUGUUUGAUGGGCACCCCAGGGAGCUGGAGGGGCCUUGGCGUGGUCGCCUGGUGUGGAAUGGAAGUAAAGACCUGCAGGAACUCUCCAUCAGUAUCCUCAACGUCACAAUGAACGACACGGGCACCUACAAUUGUAAGGUGUUCCGACAGUUUGAGUUUGACUCCUACUCGCACUCGGUUACCAAAACCCUGGUGAUCAACCUGGUGGUCAGAGAGGAAGCCAGUGACGACACCACUGCCCUGUACUCAGAGAUCAUGAUGUACGUCCUGCUGGUCUUCCUCACCUGCUGGCUCCUGGUGGAGAUGGUAUAUUGCUACAGGAAGAUCUCCAAGUCGGACGAGCAGGCCCAGGACACCGCGACAAACUACCUAGCCAUUCCGUCAGAAAAUAAAGACAACCUGAGUGUUCCAGUUACAGAAUAAAAGUGAUUACUUUUAUGUCUCACAACAAUACGGUACUGACCAACUGUGCACCAAGCAGUGCGCCAAGCAAUUCACGGUCACCUGACGAUACAGACUGACGUCCUCGAAGGGAACAUUCAGUGAAGAUGUCACAACACCUCUCAGCAACUUUGUCUUGGUCUUGUGGUGUGAGCUAGCUCAAAUGCUCAAGUAUACUCUCUUUUCUUAUUUCACUCUGUACCACUCUGUGGCAGACAGCAGUGAUUUGAUGAGUAAUAAGUUGUUUAUGCUAUUUGAAUGUCACCCACAGAAAGAAAACAGAACCUACUGUUGCGGAGGACCAAGGAAUCACUUCAAAGUAAAUUACUCACACUUUUAAACGCGUGAAAUGCUGUUCAAUUGCUAAUAAUUAUGCUGCACUGCACAUAAUUGGGUGCCCAUAAAAACUUCUGGUAUAUAAUUUCUACUUCAUUUUAAUUCUGCUGAUAGAAUAUGACGAGAUUAUGGGUCAAGGUUUUUCUCUUAUACGACCGGUGUCUCGUUAUCUUUUUACAAAAAUUGGAGUGCAUAUCUUUUCAAGUUUACCUCACUUAAGUUGUUUGGUGAAAGAAAAUAUUCCAUGCACAGUAUGACUGUGGUUUAUGGUGUGAACACAGAGUCCUCUCGCUGGUUCUUAUUGUGACUCACUAUGUCCGAAGAUCCUCUUUCAGUUCAAUUCUCUUCCACAGAAAGAGCCUGGUAUGAGGCGGGUGUUGUGUAUUCGGAUCUUAGAGAGUGACUCGGCUCUUUUACAAAAGACGAAGAAAAAAAGUUGCCACAUAGUAAUUGGUCCCGGAGUUUCCUCCAUCUUUUUCUCACACCAUCAAUAUGGCAUUUUUUUUUUUUACCUCAGCUUUUUGUAAGCUAUAAAGUUGAUUCAAUGGCAUCUUAAGACGUUCAAAACAAUGAUGCUGCAGAAUACAACUACUGUACGCCCCAAUAGCCAAAAACUCGGUGAUGCUAAACCAUAUGGUGGUUGAUGAGGUUGUUUUUUCAUCUACAGUAGCACUGUUAUUGAGACUCAAACGUGUGCCUACUUCUAUAGUUACAAUUAGUGUAUACACUGUAUUGUGUACUAUCAUACUAUAUAUGUCACUGUAUAUCUUAUACACUGUAUCUCUGUAUUGAGCUAUUAAAGGACAAUGCAUUCCAAAUGUAUCCUAACCCUUCUCUAUA